UAUGAUGCAGCACUGAUCUGGAGUCAACAAACUGGGUCGCUGCUGUGAUGUACUUCCCACUUCUUACUAAAGCAGAACGUUCUAUUGGAAACAUAUCUAAAUCAGUGCAACUCAUAAAUUCAGUGAUUUUUCCUCUAACUUACUACUAAGUAUAAAAAGCAGUUAAUCAUAAUCAAGCCACCCACUCAACCAAACCAUGAAGACUACGCAUCUUCUAGUCAUCGUCGUGUGCUUAGCAGCGGUUCUGAUCUCCUCCGGCUGGGCUCAAGAUCCCGACAAAGAGGUUCCCUUUCUAACGAUCUUGUUCACAGCUCCGGCCCCGAAACAGUGUGGCGAGAAUGAGAUCUAUCUGGAGUGCGGCAGCGAGUGUCCUCCGACCUGCAUUAACUGGAGGCUCCGGCGGAGGACGUAUUGCUCGAGCACGUGCGUUCCGGGGUGCUUUUGCCAGGUGAGAUUUGUGCGCGACAACAUCGAUGGGAGCUGUAUUCGGCCGCGGGACUGCCGCAGGAGGCUGCGAACUCGUGGACCGGAAGAGUAGUUUGUGUUGUUUGAUUUCUAUAAAUUUGGAGAGUUUAUGGAAGUUGAACGGGAACGUGCUGUAGAAACUCAAUAGAUACAGCAUUUUGGAGCCAUACAAAUGAAUUCGGAUUAACAGUGUGUUUACAAGUCUUUUAAAUAAACGAACAAAAGUAAUAAGGCUAAUGGUGUUUCAUCUUAUUUAUUGGCAUAAGUGUAGAUAACGUUAUGGUUUGAGAUCUGAUAAAUAUACACAUAGCAGUUUUUACUGAAA